AUGAAUAAAUCAAGCAGCUCGAAGAGCAUUUCUUCCACUGCUAAGGGCGUUAGCAAAAAAUCAUCCAGAGAUACAAUCGUCCCGGAAGGAGGAAUUACCCUUGACAAGCAGGAAACCGUUGUCAGUACUGCUAGCAACAAUCUGGGGAGGGACGCAUCCCGAGAUGCUGGUUAUGGAAAUUCAGUUAAGUUCCUUUUGGAGGAUGGACUAACAUACGGGACAACAAGUCUAGAUAACCCAACGAGCUCUAAAAAUUACACUUACUCUAGCCACAAUUCUUUUGUGAAUGUUCCGUCUGGGGAUAAUUUUUCUUACGCUGCUAGUAGGAGCGCAAAUGGUCAGCAGAGCCCGUUUCAUGCAAAAUUGAAUAGCCAGAGCAAUUGCGGUAGCGGCAACUUUGGUGGAAGCGGAAGCUAUGUUGGAAGUCGUAGCUAUGGCGGCAGUGGCAACUAUGGUGGCAGCUGCAACAGUAGGAUCGCCUACAAUGCAGGGAAUAGAAGCACAAAUUUAGAAAAUUACGACUACCUAGAUGUUGACACGGCCCCACACAACCAUCAGAACGAGAACAAUUUCCUACCGCAGGAUAACUAUUCUGGAACGAACAGGCAGUUGUAUUCUGCAUCUAGCACCUUAUCUCCCAUGGGUUCAAGACAUGCAAACAUGAGUCAAAAUAUUUCCUACCCAGAUCAAUACAGCUAUAGCAGCUAUUCGAGCAGAAGUCCUCAGCUGAGCGGAAGGACAUCCUACUUCCCCUUCAGUGGUAAUAGAGGAGCUCGUUCUUUGUGCAGUUCCCCAACUUGUUCAGCAUACGAGGAUGAAUAUUAUGCCUACCCUGAUGGAGCUAAUUUUAGAGACCUCCCCCCACAUCUGUACUACUUGGCGAAGGAAGAAGAUGAAGGCAGCUGUUGUUUAAAAAAAGAAAUGAACUGUUCACUACCUGGAUGCAACUCACACAUGGAUAAAUCAUAUGAGUACAUAAUUCAGGCACCAAAAAUGCCAAUCACCAUUAAAGCUCCAAAUAAAAAAAGGUUCGAUAUGUUCAAAAAGAUAACCUUAACUGUAGGGACCUACUUGGACGACGUUGUAAAUGUAGUGAUAGGCAUGGUAGAGUCUUCCUACAAAUGCAUAAUACAGAACAAUAAAACGAACUUGUACGAUUUGCACCCAUUUUAUAAUCCUGAUCCUUUCUACUCGAGAAAUGAAAGGCCAACAUUAAAAACGGGAAGCACUUUGUUGGACAAAAUAAAUUCUGCGCUAGACGGAACGACACUUGAAAAGCACAAAACUUUGCCGAGGGAUUUUGGAAGAGUUACCAUUCCAAAGACACAGAAGACGGGGAGCAAAUUCGUCGACGGGAUGAAUAACAUGCUAGACAAUUUGUUGAACGAGCCUCUCUCUUAUCAAAAGUAUGACUACUUCAGUGAUCGGUGUGAGCAGGGGACGGACGCAGGGCGAUAG